AUGGAGACCCUGGAAAUGAUGGUGGAGGAAGGGAUGGAAUCAGAGGGAGCGUACCUGCUAAACACCAGCACCAAUGGCUCCUCCAACUUUACCAACAUCACCUUUUUCCCAUACUAUCAGCAUUCUCUGUAUGUGGCGGCCAGCUACAUCUUGGCUUACUCCUUCAUCUUCCUGCUGUGCAUGGUGGGCAACAUCCUGGUGUGUCUGAUUGUGCUGGAGAACCGCUGCAUGCGCACGGUCACCAACUUCUUCAUCCUCAACCUGGCAAUCAGUGACCUGCUGGUGGGGAUAUUCUGCAUCCCCACAACACUGGUGGACAACCUCAUCACAGGCACAGAUCAUUGA